CGCUGUUUACAUACAUAUAUAUUUAUUGAGCUCAAAAAAUAUUUGUUUUUAUUAGUACACGCAAUGCUCAAGAAUAUGUGCAGAGUGUGUGGCAGAUAUGCAGCCUACAAGAAUUCGAUAAGAAUCUUUGAGGAUCAAAACAUACUUUGGCGCAUUCAAGUCCUUACGGGUUUAAUUUUAGAAAAUGCAAAAUGCUUGCCGAACCUAAUAUGCAUUUGCUGCCAGACAGAAUUACGCGAGGCAAUCAGAUUUUGCGAUAGAGUCGUUGCAGCACAGCAGCAGCUCCUGACUGCUUUAAGCGAGGAAGAGCUGAAAGAUGUAUCCGAGGAGUACAGGGUAGCCGUAAUGGAAUAUGCUGGCAACAGUAGCCAAAAAUUAAUCAAUGCAAGGAACCUUGAGUCACAAUCAGAUGCCGCGGCUAUAAGUGAGCCUGAGCCAGAUGAAGAGUUGAUAAUUAAAGUGCAACAGGAAGAUGACGAGAUAAUUAUAGAGGAACACAGCCAGCAUGGAGACCUCAUAGAGUACGACAUAAACCUUGAUGAUGGUUUAAUUAGACAGGAGGAUGAAGCACAGAAUGCCGGCGCCUUGGAAACAAUAGAAAAUCCACUUGAGCACCCAAGUGCAUUAGUCAGCGAUGCCAACGAAGAAAACUCAGCUACCGAAGACUAUAUCCUGCCUGAUAAGGAUUCAGAUGAGGAGUGUGCAGUUUUGGACAGAGUGUUAAACGACGAGAUUGCCAUGCAAAGUGUAGGAAGGAAAAAACGAGGACGAAAGCGCGUGGGAAGUCUCAUAUUUGUUUGUGAUGAAUGUGGCAAUCAUAUAUCUGGACGCAUGGCCUUUGAACUGCACUGCAGGCGACAUCGUGGAGACAAGCAAUUCCAAUGCGACAUAUGCCAGGAUCGUUUUUGCACCAGCUCCGAACUUAAACGACAUAUGCGGAGGCACACCGGGGAACGUCCCUUUGCAUGCCAAUACUGUGGACGCUGCUUCACGGACUAUAGCACGCGGCUGAAACACGAGAGGACACAUACCAAUGAGCGCCCGUAUGUGUGCACAAGCUGUGGAAAGGCCUUCACCACCGCCUACAUACUCAAGAAUCACAUGCUCAUUCAUUCCGGCGAGCGAGCUUUCAGUUGCGAGCUGUGCAAUAAAACGUUUAUACGCCAAACACAUUUGGCAACUCAUUUUCGGUCCAGCGCCCACAGGCGUAAUCUAGAGCAGCAAAACCAGGGAAUAAAAGUUACAACUGUUGCUUCAAACAAAAUUGUUUACUUAUUAUUUGUGGCGCUCAACCAAUUUGUUGUUUUGUUUGAAUUGUAUUUAUACAAGCGCACAAUGCUUAAAAACAUGUGCAGAGUUUGUGGCAGAUAUGCCGCUUUCAAAGAAUCGUUAAGAAUUUUUGAUAAUAAAGAUGUGCUUUGGAGCAUUCAAGUCCUUACGGGCUUGACUUUGGAAAAUGCUAAAUGUUUGCCGGACCUAAUAUGUAUUUGCUGCCAGACUGAAUUGCGCGAAGCGAUUGGCUUCAGCGAUAGGGUAAUUGCAGCACAGCAGCAACUUCUGACAGCGUUAGCCGAGGAUGAGCUGAAGAAUGUAUCCGAGGAGUAUAGGAUAGCCGUGAUGGAACUAGCUAGCAACAGUUGCGAAAAAUCAAUCAACAUAAGCAACUCGGGAACACAAUCAGAGUCAGAGAAGGAGUUAAAACCGCAACCAGAAGCAGACGAAGUGAAUAUAGAGGAACAUCGCAGACAGGAUGAGUUAUUGGAGUACGAUAUUAUAAUAGAUGAUGAGGCAGUCAUCCAGGAGGCUGAAGCACAAGAGGUCCGAGCUUUGGAGGCCAUAGAAAAUCUCACCGAUGAGCCCCAAUGUGCAAUUGCCAACGAAGCCGGUGAUAUUGCAACUAACGAAGAUUAUAUCCUGACUGAUAAGGAGUGGAAUGGAGAGUGUGUGGUAUUGAGCAGGGAGUCGCACGAAGAGAUUGCAGCACCAAAAGUUGAAGUCAAGAAAAAACGAGCACGAAAAGGCCUCGGAAAUAUAAUAUUCGUUUGUGAGGAAUGUGGCAUUCACAUAUCUGGACGCAUGUCCUUUGAACUACACUGCAGACGGCAUCGUGGAGACAAGCAGUUCCCUUGCGAAAUUUGCCAGGAUCGCUUUUGCACAAGCUCCGAGUUGAAGAGUCACAUGCGGAGGCACACCGGUGAACGUCCCUUUGCCUGUCAAUACUGUGAGCGCUGCUUCGCGGACAACAGUUCCCGGAUAAAGCAUCAGCGUACACAUACCAAUGAACGCCCGUAUGCGUGCACAAUCUGUGGUAAAGCCUUUACCGCUCCCUACAUACUCAAGAAUCACAUGCUCAUUCAUUCCGGCGAGCGUGCCUUCAGCUGCGAGCCUUGCAACAAAACCUUUAGAAGACAUACUCAUCUAGUUACACAUUUUCGGUCCAGCGCCCACAAGCGUAAACGAGAGCGUCAAAACAAGGAAAUAAAGAAUACAACUUAAUUAAUAAUAUGAUGUUUUAAGUACGUAAAUUAAUUAAGAAAAUUCGAUUGACACUAAAUUUAAGCCAAAAGAACAAGGAAACUGUUCAUUGCUAAAACAGCAUACCAGAAGCUGAGCAGACAUACGACUCAUUGCAUUGCAUGUUUUUUAGGAAAACAACAAUAAAAUAUAUGAUAUUUUUUGAGUAUAUAAA